AUGGAUCAAAGGGGUGUAUCUGUCUCUUCCCAUUUCUUUGAUGAAAUUCCUUUUCCUUCUGAGAGACAAGUUGGAUUUCAGAAGCUGAAAACCAUGCCUGAUUACCAAGACGGCCCUAACUUAAUGACAACUGUCGGAACAUGUGGUGUGGUAGUAAGUUCACCUGCCUCUCUCGCUCGAUACUUGGGUCUGAGUCGCCACACCUGGUGUGGGAGUGGAUGGAACGGUAGCCACACCUGGCAGCAUGUUCAGUCAUUCUUUACCCUCAAGAAAGCUUUUACCAAUUGGGGCACAAUCAGCAGAUUACUUGGAUAUGCCACAAUCCAAGCUGGCUGGGGAACAAACAGAAAGGCUAAGCAUGGUGGAGUUGCCAACAUCUCCAAGGCCUCGUGGAAACCUAUGGAUCACCAACCAAAAUUGUGGUCAGACUUGUCCACAAAGCCAACACCUUAUAGCUCGGCUGGCAGCAAAACUGUUCUUCAUGGCGCCGAGCAUGAAAGUAGUCUGUUCUCAAGUUCUUUGUCUGAAAUUUUUAGUAAAAAGUUGAGAUUACUAAAGAAUGAUUUAAUACCUCAUCAAGCUACUAAUAAUGUUGCUUCCCAACAUGAGGAAGAACCCUUUGAAUCUCUUGAAGAAAUUGAGGCACAAACAAUUGGGAAUCUCCUUCCUGAUGAAAAUGACUUGUUUUCCGGCGUGAUAGAUGGGCUGGGUUAUAAUACUCAUGCUAUUAUUGGUGAUGGAUCUGAAGAUUUUGAUCUCUUUAGCAGUGGUGGUGGCAUGGAACUAGAAGGAGAAAUCUGUGCAGGACUCUGUGAUUCUGAUUUUAGUGGGGGAGUUUCCAAUGGUCUAGGGGGUUGUAAUGGCUCAAUUGUGGGUGAACACCCUAAUGGUGAACACCCUUCUAGAACACUUUUUGUCCGGAAUAUUAAUAGCAAUGUUGAAGAUUUGGAGUUGAAGUCUCUUUUUGAGCGAUUUGGAGAUAUCCGGGCACUUUACACAGCCUGCAAACAUCGUGGGUUUGUUAUGAUUUCUUAUUACGAUAUAAGGGCAGCCCAAAAUGCACUAAGAGCACUUCAAAGUAAGCCACUGAGGCGUAGGAAGCUUGACAUACAUUAUUCAAUACCUAAGGACAAUCCUUCUGAUAAAGAUAUUAACCAAGGAACGCUGGUGUUAUUCAACCUUGAUUCUUCUGUUUCUAAUGAUGAGCUUUCUAAAACUUUUGGAUCUUACGGAGAAAUUAAAGAAAUCCGUGAGACUCCACACAAGCCUCAUAACAAGUUCAUAGAAUUUUACGAUGUUAGAGCUGCGGAAGCUGCGCUUCAUGCGUUGAAUAGGAGUGAGAUUGGUGGGAAGCAGAUCAAGCUUGAACCAAGCCGUCCAGGGGGUGUAAGAAGGGGUUUGGUUCAAGUUUCUGAGCAGGAGCAAGAUGAAUAUAAAUUUGGUCAUAGCCCGAGUGAAUCUUUAUCAACAGGAUGCAAGGCGAUGCUUCGUCCUGGAAUGGUUGAAUCAAGCUCCAUGGUUAAUGGAUCUAACCUGGGCUUACAUUCUGCAGUCCGAUCACCUGUGAGCGCAUUUAUUGAAAAUGCUUUACUUCAUCAGAGUUCAAGUGUUCCAGAUACCUUGCCCUCUCCGGCGACUGUUGCGUCUGCAGGGAGAAAAUUUAGCCUUUGUGAGCCCGAUCACUCUCUGGAUGACAUGAAGUUUGGUAACCAGUGCAUUCCCAGUUUACAUCCUCAUUCCUUGCCUGAGUAUCAUGACAUAGCCCAUGGUAUUCCGUGCAACUCUUCUGGUGCUAUUGCAAACAUGACUGGCAAUGUGGGCCUUAGAAUGUCAGAAGGAACAGACAGAAGGCCCACUUGUGGAGUCAACGCAAAUGGUCACCUAAUGGAACUGAAUGGAGGAGCUUUUGGAUCUCCUGGAAAUGGGAGCUGCCCUGUUCAUGCACAUCCUUAUUUGUGGAAUAACUCCAACUCAUACCAGAAGCGUCCUUCAAGUCCCAUGAUAUGGCAGAAUUCACCAUCAUUUAUCAAUGGUCCUAAUGCACAUCGCUUUCCACAAAUGCCUGGAUUCCACAGAACACCGCCUCAUAUGCUGAACAGUACAUCACCUGUGCAGCACCAUGUAGGAUCAGCUCCGGCUGUUAACCCUUCCCUUUGGGAAAGGCACGCCUAUUCAGGGGAGUCUCCUGACACUUCUAGUCUUCACUUGGGUUCUCUUGGCAUUGCACAUUUUCCCAGCAGUCCCCAGAUGCAUCCUAUGGAAAUUCCUUCACACAACAUAUUUUCUCUUGUUGGUGGAAAUUUCUUGGAUAUGACUACAAGUGCCCGGCAACGCUCUUCACAGGAGAUCUGCCACAUGUUUCCUGGAAGGAAUUCGAUGAGUUCAAUGCCUACCUCUUUUGAUUCUCCGAACGAACGUGUUAGACAUCUGUCUCACCGAAGAAAUGAAGCAAAUUCUAACAUUGCUGAUAAGAAACAAUAUGAGCUUGAUAUUGAACGUAUAUUGCGUGGGGAAGACAGAAGAACCACAUUGAUGAUAAAGAACAUUCCCAACAAGUAUACUUCAAAGAUGCUUCUUGCUGCAAUUGAUGAGCAGUGUCGAGGAAUUUAUGACUUUCUUUAUUUGCCAAUUGACUUCAAGAACAAAUGCAAUGUGGGAUAUGCAUUCAUCAACAUGGUUGAUCCUCAUCAGAUUGUUCCAUUCUUUAAGGCAUUCAAUGGUAAAAAAUGGGAGAAGUUUAACAGUGAAAAGGUGGCAUCACUUGCAUAUGCUCGUAUUCAGGGAAAAUCUGCUCUUAUUGCCCAUUUCCAGAAUUCAAGUUUGAUGAACGAAGACAAACGCUGUCGUCCCAUUCUCUUUCACACAGAGGGUCCAAAUGCUGGGGAUCCAGAACCCUUCCCCAUGGGUACCAACAUCCGAUCAAGACCAGGAAAGCCUCGAACGGCUGGCUAUGAGGAUAACCAUAAUCAAGGGAGUCCUUCUGCAAACGGAGAGGAAAGUUCCAAGGUCCUCGGACUUGGUGGCGGUUUCAAUUCUUCAAAGGAAUCUGAUUGA